UCCUGUGAGCGGCUGUUUCAGGAAGCUCCACUCCACAGGACAACCUGCUCAGUUUCACGUUAUAGCGUGAAGCUGAUCUUCCCAUUCGAGAGUAAAGCAGCUAUUCAUACAAUUUAGACUCGUGAAAACAUCACUGAUUAUUUUAUAUUUGAUUUCUAACAAUAGAUCAUUUCACCUGAAUCUUACACACUGGAGCUUUAACUGGUCUGUGAGAAACUCUCAUAUCUACUGUAAAGAGAGAGAGGAGGAGCCUGAGAACAGGGAGCGGUCAGACUCCAUUUUCACCUGGAUGAGCAGAAGGAAGGAAAGUGAGCAGACUGGUUUGUCCUGUUUCCUGUGAGCUCAUAGUGUUUUUCCUCUCAGACUGAAGAUGAGUGGUUAUGAGGAGGAAGAGGACAGAGCAGAGUCAUCAGGGUUCAGCUGUGUGUCUUUGAAGAGUGACUGGUCCAAAGUAGAACCUCCAAACUUCAGUAAUGAACCUGGACCCUCACACACAAAAGGUCAGGACCACAGACUGAGAGCAGAGUCUCCAGGGUCCAGCUGUCUGUCUCUGAAGAGUGACUGGUCCAUGGAACGUAUUCUAAACUUCAGUAAUGAACCUGGACCCUCACACACAGAGGAGAGGAAGAGGAGUCAUGUUUCUGAGGAGGAGCAGUCGUCCUGCUGUGCUUCGUGUCAGGACGUCCUGAAGGAUCCAGUCUCCACCAGCUGUGGACACUGGUUCUGCAGACAGUGCAUCAGCUCAUACUGGGACCAGUGUGGCUCUUCAGGAGACUCCUCCUGUCCCCAGUGUGGACAAAGAUCCAGAACAGGAGCUGGAGCAGAUCGUGGUCUGCAGGAGGUUGUAGAUGAACAUAAGCUCAGUGUGAGGAGGAGAUGUGAACAUGUGACUGAAGGAAGUGAUGAAACAGGAAGUAGAACCCUCCUCAACAGGAUCUACACUGAGCUCUACAUCACAGAGGGACAGAGUGAAGAGGUUAAUACUCAACAUGAGGUGAGGCAGCUUGAGACGGCUUCCAAGAUGAAGAUCCUCCACGACACUCCCAUCAAGGUCCACGACAUCUUUAAAGCCUCCACUGACCAGCAGAGCAGCAUCAGAGUCGUCCUGACCAACGGAGUCGCAGGCGUUGGAAAAACCUUCUCGGUGCAGAAGUUCACUCUUGACUGGGCAGAGGGUUUAGAAAACCAGGAUGUGGGUCUGCUGGCUGUGCUUUCGUUCAGGGAGCUGAACCUGGUGAAGGACCAGCAGCACAGUCUUCUCACGCUGCUCCAUGUUUUCCAUCCAGCGUUACAGAAGCUCACUGCAGAGACGCUCGCUGUCUGUAAACCUUUGUUCAUCUUUGACGGCCUGGAUGAAAGCAGACCUUCUCUGGACUUCAACCACCAGGAGCUUGUGUCUGAGGUCACACAGAGGUCAUCAGUCAACGUGCUGCUGACAAACCUCAUCCGGGGGAAUCUGCUUCCCUCGGCUCUCGUCUGGAUAACCUCCAGACCUGCGGCGGCCAAUCAGAUCCCUCCUGCAUGUGUUGACAGGGUCACAGAAGUACGAGGCUUCACUGACGCCCAGAAGGACGAGUACUUCAGGAGGAGAUUCAGUGAUGAAGAGCUGUGCAGCAGAAUCAUCUCACACAUCAAGACGUCCAGGAGCCUCCACAUCAUGUGUCAAAUCCCAGUCUUCUGCUGGAUCAGUGCUACAGUUCUGGAGCACAUGUUGACCACAGACCAGAGAGGAGAGCUGCCCAAGACCCUGACUGACCUGUACUCACACUUCCUGCUGGUUCAGACAAAGAGGAAGAACAACAAGUACGGUGAGGGACAUGAGACAACUCCACAGCAGCUGACGGAGGCUGACAGGGACGUUCUCCUGAAGCUGGGGAGGCUGGCACUUAAACAUCUGGAGGAAGGAAACAUCAUGUUCUACCAAGAAGACCUGGAGCGGUGUGGUCUUAAUGUCACAGAGGCCUCGGUGUACUCAGGAGUUUGUACUGAGAUCUUCAGAAGAGAGUGUGUGAUCUUCCAGAAAUCAGUCUACUGCUUUGUUCAUCUGAGCGUUCAGGAGUUUCUGGCUGCAGUCUACAUGUUCCACUGUUACACAAAGGGGAACACAGAAGAACUCAACAACUUCUUGGGAACGUGUAAGAACAAAGACAGUACCUUCUCUCUGGAUGACCUCCUGAAGAGAACCAUGGAGAAAUCCCUCACCAGUACAAAUGGUCAUCUAGACCUGUUUGUUCGCUUCCUUCACGGCCUCAGUCUGGAGUCCAACCAGAGAGUCUUAGGAGGCCUGCUGGGUCGGACAGGGAACAAUCCAGAGAUCAUCCAGAGAGUCUUGGGAGACCUGCUUUGUCGGACAGUGAACAAUGCAGAGAUCAUCCAGAGAGUCAUCAACAACCUGAAGGAGAUGAAGAGUGAUAACAUUUCUCCUGACAGAAGCAUCAACAUCUUCCACUGUCUGACUGAGAUGAACGACCACUCAGUUCAUCAGCAGAUGAAACAGUUCCUGACGUCAGAGAACAAAUCAAAGGAGAAGCUCUCUGAGAUCCACUGCUCAGCUCUGGCCUACAUGCUGCAGAUGUCAGAGGAGGUUCUGGAUGAGUUGGACCUGAAGAAGUUCAACACAUCAGACCAGGGUCGACGGAGACUGAUCCCAGCUGUGAGGAACUGCAGGAAGGCUCUACUCAGUGGUUGUGAACUCUCAGAGACUCAUUGUGAAGUCGUGGCCUCAGCUCUGAAGUCAGACCCCUCACAUCUGAGAGAACUGGAUCUGACUGACAACAACCUGCAGGAUUCAGGAGUGAAGCUGCUGUGUUCUGGACUGGAGAGUCCAAACUGUCGACUGGAGACUCUGAGGUUGAUGAGCGGCAGUCUGUCAGAGAUCAGCUGUUCUUCUCUGACUUCAGCUCUGAGGUCAAACCCCUCUCAUCUGACAGAACUGGAUCUGAGUAAAAACAACCUGCAGGACUUAGGAGUGAAGGAGCUGUGUGGUUUUGUACAGAGUCCAACUUGUCGACUGGAGACUCUGAGGUUGUGGAGCUGUAGUCUGUCAGAGAUCAGCUGUUCUUCUCUGGCUUCAGCUCUGAGGUCAAACCCCUCUCAUCUGACAAAACUGGAUCUGAAUAACAACAACCUGCAGGACUCAGGAGUGAAGGAGCUGUGUGGUUUUCUACAGAGUCCAACCUGUCGACUGGAGACUCUGAGGUUGUGGGGCUGCAGUCUGUCAGAGAUCAGCUGUUCUUCUCUGGCUUCAGCUCUGAGGUCAAACCCCUCUCAUCUGAGAGAACUGGAUCUGAGUGACAACAACCUGCAGGACUCAGGAGUGAAGGAGCUGUGUGGUUUUCUACAGAGUCCAACCUGUCGACUGGAGACUCUGAGGUUGAGUCUCUGCAGACUAUCAGAGAUCAGCUGUUCUUCUCUGGCUUCAGCUCUGAGGUAUAACCCCUCUCAUCUGAAAGAACUGGAUCUGAGUAACAAUGACCUGCAGGACUCAGGAGUGAAGGAGCUGUGUGGUUUUCUACAAAGUCCAACCUAUCGACUGGAGACUCUGAGGUUGAAUCACUGCAGACUGUCAGAGAUCAGCUGUUCUUCUCUGGCUUCAGCUCUGAGGUCAAACCCCUCUCAUCUGAGAGAACUGGAUCUGAUAGGAAAUGACUUGCAGGACUCAGGAGUGAAGGAGCUGCUAGAUCUAAAGCAGAGUUCAGGCUGUCGACUGGAGACUCUGAGGUCAGUAGAUGAUGGAGGGAGGAAUCUUUGUGGAGGUGAGAGUGAAGAGGACAGUGUGUGUGGACGGAGGCUGAGCUGUGUCCUGAGGAUCCAGAGGCUGAAGCAGCAGCAGCUUGUGUGUAGUCUCCGAUCUACACAACCCCUAAUCUGCAUGUGUUUGUGAGAUGAAGCCGCUGCUUCAUCAUAUAGGUGCAGCAUAGUGGCUGGCACCUCUUUGCGCCAUGCAAAGCAUUACAUAUUACUAUUCUCCAUACUUCUUAUUUUUAUUUCUUCUGCCAAAAAGUUUGGCGCUUCUCCUCGAGACCCAAAACCCCAAGACUACAAAUUCCGUCGCACAUUCACGAGACCCAAAAAUAAACCUGUGGAAUUACGUCGAAUGGUGUGCUAUGUGUUUAUAAGAAUUCCAUCCCCCGGUUUGCACAAAAAUUGCGAUAACGUGGCCAAAAAUGUACAAUGGGAGUCUCAGGGUGUUUUCAGGUCACUAAAACUGCUCUCAACUCCCCAAACGGAGGUCCUCAGACAUUAUUUUUAGCCCACGGCUCCCACGGCUCCAUUUCCUAGCUCUCACGAAUAAAAAAUAUAUCCGGUUGUAGUGUCAAGCCUCAAAAUGUUUUCAUUUUCCAGAAAGGACUUAUAGUUUUUGAGUAACAAGUAUUUGUUUGAUGACGGUGCUAGAGGGUGGAAAAAUGUCUCUUCUAUUAAAACUAAUGAUAAUAUCAGGAGGAGAAUUUAUGAAAUGAGAAGUAUGUUUCUAAACUGCUCAUACGGCCUCUUUUUUUACUCUCAACAAUAUAGAUAUAAUCUUGUUCGUCCAAGCCUUGUGUUUUCAUUUCACGGGUAGGAGUUAUAGAUUUUGAAUUAGAGCAUUUUGUUCUGGACGUUCUCCUGAGGUCUGAUGUCUCUCUCACGUCGCACCUGCGGUAAUCAGUGAGUCACACACGCAGAGGGAGGGGGGCCAGAGGUGGAAAGGGGGACAAUGAGAUCUAUUUAUAACUCCUUCACAGGUGUUAAUAAAUACUAUAGGUAGUGCAGUCAGUAGAGCAGAAGGACAGAGAGCCAGAGGUGGCAGGUUCAAGUCCCAGUGUGGGACAGAUUUUUUUUCUUUGUUUUUCAGUGGGGAACUGUUGAACUCCUUAAACAAACAACUGUCAAUGAUAUUGAAAGACAAUGUGAUUGGCUCUUCAUCAGAUUCCUGUAUAAGUGUCUAUGAAGUGAUAGUGAUAGCGCCACCUAGUGGUCAGUGUGAUAAUUAAGUUUUAGCAAUCUGUCCAAAAUCAGGCCACAUAAUCCUGAUUUUCAGGACAUGAUGACAUGACUUCAUCAUGUCCUGAUGAAGUCAAGACUAUAACUGCAUACACUCUAAUAGUGAUAGCGCCACCUAGUGGUCAGGCUGAAAAUGAAGUUUUAGCAAUCGACCCCAUAAUUCUGUCACAUGAUCAAAGUCAAGUCCCGAUGAAGUCAAGACUAUAACUGCAUACACACUAAUAGUGAUAGCGCCACAUAGUGGUCAGUUUGAAAAUGAAGUUUGAGCAAACGGUCCCAAAUUGAACAAACUUCAUCAGAUUCCUGACCUGAACAGAUAUAUUAGUGUAUUUAUUGAUAGUGAUAGCGCCACCUAGUGGUCGGUGUGAAAAUGAAGUUUGAGCAAACGGUCCCAAAUUGAACAAACUUCAUCAGUUUCCACACCUGAACAGAUAUAUUAGUGCGUAUGCAGUCAUAGUGAUAGCGUCACCUAGUGCUCAGUGUGAAAAUGAAGUUUUAGCAAUCGCUGCCAAAAUCCUGUCACAUGAUCAGUGUCCUGAAGAGAUCUAUGCUGCUGAUCAAGUCUCUCUCUCUCUUAAACCAGUCUCUCUCUCUCUGUUUCUCUCUCUCUCUGGGUCUCUCUGUCUCUCUCUCUCUCUCUCUCUCUCUCUCUCUUAUACCAGCCAGUCUCUCACUCUCUCACUCUCUCUCUCUCUCUCUCUCUCUCUCUCUCUCUCUCUCUCUCUCUCUCUCUCUCUCUCUCUCUCAUUUAUACCAGCCAGUCUCUCUCUCUCUCUCUUUCUGUCUCUCUCUCUCUCUCUCUCUCUCUCUCUCUCUCUCUCUCUCUCUCUCUCUCUCUCAAAUUGACACAGUCUGUCUCUCUUCCCAAAAAAACAAAAAGUCUCUUAUCGACCCGGAUGCAGAAGGCACCCAUUCGAGAUUUCUCGGCAGGAGGAAUUUUCCAGUUCUAAUCAAUGCUGUAAAUUCUCUGAUCUUUCUGAUCUUCUCUGUUACACGUGGCAUGUUUUGUACUUGUGUCCGUCCUGGGAGACGUAUCCUCACGUGUCUCACUCACUUUGUUAACCCUGUGAGACAAAUUGUUAUUUGUGAAUAUGGGCUCAACAAAUAAAGUUUGAUUGAUUGAUUGA